ACGUAGGCGUCAAGCCCAGUGAUUUUAUCAGUCAAAAUCCGCCGCUUUACUUAUACCAGCGGCUCCUCUAGUGGGUAUAUAGUAGCUCGUCCGUACUCCUGUCCAGGCCUACUCGCCACUAGCGUGGUAGGAUUGCCAAUGGUGUUUGGAAAGCUCAUAUCGUCUGUCCUGCCUCUUCGCUGGCUCGGAGCGGAGAACGACCAAGGGCCCUUCCGUCUCCUCGACCUGCCGCAGGACAUCGUCGAGCGGGUCAUUGGACUGGCUCUGCCUUUGGACAUUGUGUCUCUGCGGAAAACCUGCAAGGCCCUCUCUUCGCUCUCGGCCAAACAAUGGAUCUGGCUCGAAGUUGCUACAACGAUUGCAGAGGAACGAGAUAUGCUACUCCCACAAUCUUUCUUCAACUCUAUGUCUAUCCGCGACCUAGAAAACUUUGCCUGUGCUCCUUUCAUAUACGUUCACCGACUGCAACUUGCCGGGCGAGGGGAAGCACCUAUCACCGCGGCCUUGAAGUUCCAACUACGACCUCGAAGACUGCAUUCACUUCCAAAGCUCUUCUUGCAUGCAGGACAUAAUCCCGUCACAAACCUGACUCUGGUUUCCGGUGGUCAAUACCUCCUGGCGAACAGCGAAGCUCUCACCAACAGCACCAUCCGUCUGCUCCGUCUAUUCAACAGCACCGAAGGAGCGAUCCAGACCCCGGAAUUGGCUGUCUUAUCAUUGCAGGGAAACCACCGAUUAAGCGACCAUUGGACUUUGCGGCAGCGUCGCGGUGUCCUGCGCAUAGUCGUGCUGGAGAGAAUCCUUCGCUCGGCGGUUGACAUUCCCGUUCUGUGGGAGACAAACUCGGAGUUUGGCGCUACGUCGGAGUCUCGCAUUGCCAUAUUCGAUGUCGACACUACCGCGGCGCAGCCAGAGUUCGCCUUGGUCGCCCGCACUAGCGAGCAACUUCCCGUACCAUUCGAGCGCAGCGCAGUCAGCCACUGCGAUGAGGAUCGAGUCGUCUUCUGCGGCGCGCGCGCUAUUGCUAUCUGGGACUUCACGCGCGACAGCGUGCUGACACUGGAUUUGGAGAACCCGUCACCUCCGUAUACAAUCAAAGUCCUCCAAAACCGGGUGGUCUACUUCCAUUGCCUCUUUGUGGCCGUCUACCUCCUUCCCGACAACGCCUCCGGGCACCUCGGCCUCCUCACACCUACCUACAAGCUCCCCCAUCACCAGUGGGGAAACAUCACUUACGUCUUCUUCUCUAGUGCGCCUCCGACGUCGAAUGAACCCCUCUUCUACCACACCUACGCCCGCAAGAGCAAGACCAUCCGAACCUACGAACUUCCACUCGGCGCUAGCGCUCCCAUAUCUCACUCCCCGCGCGCCGUUCGCUACGCUAGCGAGGAGAACCGCUCGUCGCACGACCCAUGGGGCAUCCAUCCUGCACCAUACACGACGAUCGGCAAUACGCACGUCGUCGCGCGCUUGGAAAUCAGCACGAGCCCGGGUAUCGUUUGGUUGGACAUGGGAAAUGCAUCCAGCACCAAUGGGCCCCUGGAAAGGAGGAGGAGCUCUGUCAGCAUUGGCUAUGCCAAUCUGAGCCUUUGGGAGAGCUUCCCUAACAUGGGCAUCCAAGCCAUGACCUUUGAUACGGCGACGGGGCGAGCAUGCGCUACGGACAUCUUCGGUCAUCUCCAUGUCGCGGACUACGCCGACCAGACGUCGGUAUCUCGAUAGCACUUAUUGAGGUUUGAGGCGCUCGGGCCUUGUAUAGUACAAGAAGAGAUAAUCCAUGUCACGGACAUUGCGCGCUGAUGCUCAUUCUCCUCAAGUGCGCCUCGCGCAGCGCUCGUAGCCUCCCUUUUUGCUUUCUCCGUGUCGUUCACUGUAACUCUGCGUACUCGUGUUACUUGUGUAUUGGCUCACUCGUCCCUUAUAUAUACUCGCCCUUGUCGACUAUGCAUGCCAUCAGUUGCCC